UGUUGCUCAGUUUCACACAUGCUAUCAACAUGGGAAAGUAAAGCGAUAGCAUGCUGUAAUGAGGACAAAAUAACACUUCAGUUUCUUGUUUUAGGUCCGUUUAAAAGAAGCUGCGAAAAUGGUGAAGGAGCAGUUCAGAGAGACAGAUGUGGCGAAAAAAAUAAGCCACAUCUGCUUUGGGAUGAAAUCUGCUGAGCAGAUGCGUCAGCAGGCCCACAUUCAGGUGGUCAGUAAGAAUCUGUACAGCCAAGACACCAAACACAGCCCACUGCCCUAUGGAGUGCUGGACCACCGCAUGGGCACCAGUGAGAAAGACCGACCGUGUUUGACAUGUGGAAAGAAUCUGGCGGAUUGUUUAGGACACUACGGCUACCUCGAUCUGGAGCUGCCGUGUUUUCACGUCGGCUAUUUCAAAGCCACCAUAGGGAUCUUGCAGAUGAUCUGCAAGACGUGUUCGAGCAUAAUGCUGACAAAAGAGGAGAAACUGCAGUUCAUGGAUUACUUGAAACGGCCUAACCUGGCCUACCUCCAGAAACGGGGGUUGAAGAAGAAGAUCUCUGAUAAAUGCCGCAAAAAGACAAUCUGUCUGAACUGCUCCGCUUUCAACGGACCUGUGAAAAAGUGUGGCCUGCUCAAGAUCAUCCACGAGAAGUAUAAAACAACCAAGAAGGUGGUGGAUCCUUUUGUCUCGGAGUUCUUGCAGUCCUUCGACAUCGCCAUCGAACACAACAAACUGGUGGAGCCUCUACUGAGCAGAGCACAGGAAAACCUGAACCCUCUGGUGGUGCUGAACUUGUUCAAGAGGAUUCCCCAAGAGGACAUCCCUCUGCUGCUGAUGAACCCCGAGGCAGGGAAGCCAGCUGACCUUAUCCUCACACGCCUCCUGGUGCCCCCUCUCUGCAUCCGCCCGUCCGUGGUCAGCGACCUGAAGUCGGGCACCAAUGAGGACGACCUCACCAUGAAGCUGACGGAGAUAAUCUUCCUCAAUGAUGUCAUCAAAAAGCAUCGUAUGACGGGAGCGAAGACCCAGAUGAUUAUGGAGGACUGGGACUUCCUCCAGUUGCAGUGUGCCCUUUACAUCAAUAGCGAACUUUCUGGCAUCCCUCUAAACAUGGCGCCUAAAAAAUGGACCAGAGGUUUUGUGCAGAGACUCAAGGGAAAGCAAGGUCGAUUCAGAGGAAACCUCUCCGGAAAAAGAGUGGACUUCUCUGGCAGAACUGUAAUUUCUCCAGACCCGAACCUGAGGAUCGAUGAGGUGGCUGUUCCUGUGCACGUGGCCAAAAUCCUGACGUACCCAGAAAGGGUAAAUAAAGCCAAUCUGGAACUAAUGAGGAAACUCGUCCGCAACGGCCCCGACGUUCACCCCGGUGCAAACUUUAUCCAGAACCGUCACACUCAGAUGAAAAGAUUUCUGAAAUAUGGAAACCGUGAAAAGAUUGCUCAGGAGCUGAGGUUCGGUGACGUGGUGGAAAGGCACCUGAUAGACGGAGACAUCGUCCUCUUCAAUCGGCAGCCCUCUCUGCACAAACUCAGCAUCAUGGCCCACAUAGCCAGAGUCAAACCUCACCGGACGUUUCGGUUCAAUGAGUGCGUGUGCACCCCGUACAACGCCGACUUCGACGGUGAUGAGAUGAAUCUCCAUCUACCUCAGACUGAAGAAGCCAAAGCUGAAGCCCUGGUGCUGAUGGGGACCAAAGCUAAUCUUGUCACGCCGAGAAACGGCGAACCGCUGAUUGCUGCUAUUCAGGACUUUCUGACAGGCGCUUACCUCUUGACUUUGAAGGACACCUUCUUUGACAGAUCAAAGGCCUGUCAGAUAGUAGCAUCCAUUCUUGUGGGCAAAGAUGAAAAAGUCAAAAUCUCUCUCCCACACCCGGCUAUAUUGAAGCCCAUGGCUCUGUGGACGGGCAAACAGAUCUUCAGUGUGAUUCUGAAGCCGAGUCAAGAAUGUCCAGUCAAGGCAAACCUGCGGACCAAGGGCAAACAGUACUGUGGCAAGGGAGAGGAUCUCUGCCACAACGACUCGUUCGUGGUGAUUCACAACAGCGAGCUGAUGUGUGGUAGCAUGGACAAGGGCACCUUGGGAUCCGGCUCCAAGAAUAACAUCUUCUACAUCCUGCUGAGAGACUGGGGACAGCUGGAGGCUGCCAACGCCAUGUCCCGCCUGGCCAGACUCGCUCCAGUCUAUCUCUCCAACAGAGGUUUCUCUAUUGGAAUUGGUGACGUGACCCCCGGCCAGGGUCUGUUAAAGGCCAAACAGGACCUGCUGGAUGACGGCUACAGGAAGUGCGACGAAUACAUCGAAGCCUUGGACACGGGCAAGCUCCAGCAGCAGCCCGGCUGCACGGCGGAGGAGACUCUGGAGGCCCUGAUCUUGAGAGAACUGUCCGUCAUCAGAGACAGAGCUGGCAGCGCUUGUCUCAGGGAGCUCGACAAGAGCAACAGCCCUCUGAUUAUGGCUCUUUGUGGCUCCAAAGGGUCCUUUAUUAAUAUCUCCCAGAUGAUUGCCUGUGUGGGCCAGCAGGCCAUAAGUGGCUCUCGAGUGCCUGAUGGUUUUGAGAACCGCUCCCUACCUCACUUUGAAAAACACUCAAAACUGCCCGCUGCUAAAGGAUUUGUGGCCGACAGCUUCUAUUCUGGUCUGACACCCACAGAGUUCUUCUUCCACACUAUGGCUGGUCGUGAGGGUUUGGUGGACACUGCUGUGAAAACUGCAGAGACUGGAUACAUGCAGAGGCGUCUGGUGAAGUCCCUGGAGGAUCUGUGCUCGCAGUACGACCUGACCGUGCGCAGCUCCACGGGGGAUAUCAUCCAGUUUAUAUACGGCGGCGACGGCCUGGACCCCGCUGCUAUGGAGGGGAAGGAUGAGCCGCUCGAGUUCAAGAGAGUCCUCGACAACAUUCGGGCGGUCUACACGUGUCAAGAUCAACCCGCCCUCAGUCAGAACGAGCUGGUCCUCACUGCCGACGCCAUCAUGAAAAGAGCUGACUUCCUGUGCUGCAGAGACAGCUACUUGGAGGAAUUAACUGACACAGGCUCAGAGAAGUACCUGGAGGAGAUUAAGAAAUUCAUCAAGAGCGUUUCAGAGAGGAUCAAGAAGACCAGAGACAAGUACGGCAUCAAUGACAACGGCACUAGUGAGCCCAAAGUCCUCUAUCAGCUGGACCGUAUUACCCCCACCCAGCUGGAGAAGUUUCUUGAAACCUGCAGGGACAAAUACAUGAGAGCCCAGAUGGAGCCGGGCUCGGCGGUAGGAGCCCUGUGCGCCCAGAGCAUCGGAGAGCCUGGCACUCAGAUGACCCUGAAAACCUUUCACUUCGCCGGCGUAGCGUCGAUGAACAUCACCCUGGGAGUGCCUCGCAUCAAAGAAAUCAUCAACGCCUCCAAGAACAUCAGCACUCCUAUAAUCACGGCCCAUUUGGACAGCGAAGACGACGCUGACUUUGCCAGGCUGGUGAAGGGGAGGAUUGAGAAAACUCUUCUUGGGGAGAUUUCUGAGUACAUAGAAGAGGUUUUUCUCCCAGAUGACUGCUUCAUCCUGGUGAAAUUGUCUCUGGAGAGAAUAAGGCUGCUGCGGCUGGAGGUGAACGCAGAAACGGUGCGUUACUCCAUCUGCAUGUCGAAGCUACGAGUCAAACCAGGAGACAUUGCCGUGCACGGCGAGGCGGUGGUGUGCGUGUCCCCCCGAGAGAACAGCAAGAGCUCUAUGUACUACGUGCUGCAGUCUUUAAAAGAGGAGCUUCCUAAGGUGGUGGUCCAGGGAAUACCCGAGGUGGCCCGGGCCGUCAUUCACAUUGACGAGCAGAGCGGCAAGAACAAGUACAAGCUACUGGUGGAGGGCGACAACCUGAGAGGCGUCAUGGCAACGCAUGGAGUCAACGGAAGCAGGACCACUUCAAACAACACGUACGAGGUUGAAAAGACCCUGGGUAUUGAGGCUGCUAGAUCCACCAUCAUCAAUGAGAUUCAGUACACCAUGGUGAACCACGGGAUGAGUAUCGACCGACGUCAUGUCAUGCUUCUCGCUGACCUCAUGUCCUAUAAGGGGGAGAUUCUGGGAAUCACCAGGUUCGGUUUAGCCAAAAUGAAGGAGAGCGUCCUCAUGCUGGCCUCCUUUGAGAAAACAGCUGAUCACCUCUUCGAUGCAGCCUAUUUUGGACAGAAGGACUCGGUCUGCGGUGUGUCUGAGUGCAUCAUUAUGGGGAUCCCAAUGAAUAUCGGAACAGGGUUGUUUAAACUCCUGCACAAGGCUGACAAGGACCCCUCUCCUGCUAAAAGGCCUCUGCUCUUUGACAACACAGACUUCCAUAUACCUCUGAUCACAUAGCAUCAAGGAAACAUAUUGAAGAAGCUUUUUUUUUUUCUCAUAUAGCUGACGGUCUACAGACAUUAAGUUCAUCUUCAACAAAUACAGAAGUGCCUGUACACGUGUCCCAUGAUUUCCCCUUUUUCAGGGACCUACGAGGAAAUGGAAAAUAGGAGCUUGUUAUUUUCUUUGGCCACACUGUGAGAAGACUGCGUCUUCGGACUGCUAAUCGUUUGAGAGCAAACUCGGUUAACUAUGUGGAGAAUGAAGAAAGAUUUAGAUGCUUAAAGGCCUUUUCCUUUUCCAUUUAUCUGGCUUUUUUUUACAUGUUUGCAAAAUUGUGUGUUUCCUCUGUUAUUAAGAUGUUGCAUAAAGUUUUUUUUUUCCUCCCGCUCUGUGUGAUGGCACAGAACAUUGUGGAUAAUGCAUAACAGCGCAGUGACAUUAACAGCAGACUGACAGGAAUUACCUCCUAAACGGAGUGAGUCUCUUCUCUUCUGGCACUUACCGUUCUGUAGAAUUAUGGCUUCCAGUUGACACACUGCACUGCAGACCUAUUAGGGGUUUCGGCUUAUGCAUUUCUGAAUAGUAUUUAUUUUCAUACAGGAUUGAGUCCAGCGGUUUAUUGAAAUUGUGUGUAUUCAUAUAAAAAUGUAUAUAAUCUAAGGAAUAAAUUGCCCAAUAAAAAAAGGUGGGAAAACG